AUCAGAUGAUAAAUUCAUCUGCUGAGUUAACUGAUAGGCAGAAGGUAGAAUAUCAGAAGAUCAGAAAAUCCAUCAAUGAUAUUUACAAAGACGAAAAACGUGAUCAGUAUUUUAUUGAUCCUUUGGAUCAAGAAUACGUUGCGGUUUUCUUUGACAUAACAAAAACGUCAUUUGAGGAUGUUGAUCAGUUAAUCAAGAAGUUGUUAAAGACAAAGAAUAAGAUGUAUGCAAAACUACGUAAUUUCUUUGAAGACAAGAUAAUGAUCCAGAUUCUCAGAUUGGUUGAGCAUUUGGCAACGGAUAAUAUUAAAAUAUUGUUGAAUUUAACACGUGAUCUUGUGAAAGAUAAUGAGGAAUUACUUAAAAGAAUUGAUGAGAAGCUUACCAAGAAAUAUAAAUCACUCAAGGUUAGCAAUAGUGAGUUCAAGAAAUUAAUCAAACAGUUUAAAUUAGGAGUG